AUGAGAUGGAUGUUUGAGUUCAGAUGUUAUAUAUCUGUAGAUACUGAUGAACUAUCAGCAUUCAACUGUGAGCGCAAUGUUGAGAAUAAAAACAUACUAGAUAAUGGAGAGAAAUGGUCAGUUGCUUGUGUUCUAAGAGGCACAACUAUGCUGGGAUCCGAUCCCUGGAGAAUCAAUGGAGGCGGCGGCAUCAGCAGAGAAGAAGGAGCUAGAGAACAAAUCGCUUACAAACAUGCAGCGGACGAUCGGGAACGCCAGGAUCGAGAGCUCAAGGCUGGCCUUCAUCCCUUAAAGAAUAAAUUUGUGUUUUGGUAUACACGUCGAACUCCCGGAGUGAGACCGCAAACAUCAUAUGAGGACAACAUAAAGAAAAUUGUAGAAUUCAGUACGGUUGAAGGGUUUUGGGUUUGCUACUGCCAUCUGGCACGUCCUUCAACUUGGCCAAUUCCAACUGAUUUGCAUCUUUUUAAAGAUGGCAUUCGGCCUCUCUGGGAGGACACAGCAAAUUGCAAUGGUGGGAAGUGGAUAAUACGUUUCAAAAAGGUGGUUUCUGGUCGUUUUUGGGAAGAUCUGGUAAGUGAAAGUGGUUUAUCGUUGUUUAUACAUGCACAGAUCAAACAUUUCGACAUUCUAGUUUUUUCUUGUAGUUUUCUUCCAGUUACAUGCAUGGUGUUUAUUCUGGGUCCUUUUUUUGGUAUGGCUCCUGAGUAGUUUGUUCUGUCUUUG